AUGUGGCACCACGCACUCUUAUCAACCAGGAAGCUGAAAGGUCUGUACCCAAUUGAAGUUGCUGCUAGACUCAGGCAAUGCAAGCUUCGACAUGCAAUGAAGCGUGCCAGAUAUCGCUUGUACCCUCCAGCUCCACCUAAUUUGGACGGCCUUGCAGCUAUUCUUGAGGACCCCCAGAACGAACACAUUGCUGCGACUUCAGACAAACAAGAUAAUCUCUAUGCCGGCACUGUAGGACCCGCUGGAGAAAGGUGUACAAUCUACGUGUCCAGAAGAAUGCAAAGAGUCAUGAGAAAGAUUCGUGAAGUCUUCUCAGAUGCCACUUUCAUCCCCACACCUUUACGUCCCAAUGGUAGACAAGUUUGGCAAAUUGUCUGUGUGCGACGACACAAUGUAAUCCCUCUGGUUGUUGUGCACAUGGAGACAAAAAGCUAUGAAGCAUAUAGAGCUGUGCUUCUUUUCCUACAACAACUAGUUCCCAGGUUCAGACCACGAGUUGUAAUGGCUGACUUUGAACAAGCCCAGCAAUUAGCCUGGCGUGAAGUUUAUGGUUGUAUCGUGAGGGGAUGCUACAUCCAUUAUGUUAGAAAUGUAGGAAGAAAGGGGAAGAAGUUUGGUUUGACCAAGCGUCUCCUCCGUGAUGAGCCAGAACUUAGAUCUAUUUUCCGCUCAUUUAUGGCAAUUCCACUCCUGCCUCAUGCAGAAAUGCGUCAUGGUUUCUUGGUGCUGGUGCGGAGUGCAAUGAGAGAAAAUGUCAUUCAACACAUGAUCAGAUUUUUAGCAUACUACAUCAGAACAUGGAUGCAAGGUCCAAACUAUGAAAUCCUAUCUGUCUACAAUCAGCCGGACAGGACCAACAACGCCUGUGAGGCAGCCAAUAGGGUCCUAGGGAUGGAAACUGGACCCCAUCACCCAAAUAUUUGGCACUUUAUCCACUUAACAGCUAGAGCUUGCCAGAGCCUUUAA